AUGUCUAUUUUCCCUAAAAUAUCUUUGAGACUUGAGGUUGAAAGGUACCUUAAGGAGGGUUUUAUGAAUAAGGAGGUGGUAUCUGCUCUAGGCAAACAAGAAGCAGAAAGGAGAUUUGAAACUCUGUUAAAUCACUUAUCACACCCUCCAUCAUUCACAACUGUCAGAGUAAACACACAUCUCGCCUCAGUGCAACAUGUGAAAAAUCUGUUGUUGGAUGAGCUUCGGAAGCAAUUUAAUGGAUUAAGUGUUCCUAUUCUCCAACAUCCAGACCUUCAGGACGUCUUACUCAUUCCUAUUAUUGGACCUAGGAGGAAUAUAAAAAAACAGCAGUGUGAAGCAGUUGUGGGAGCACAGUGUGGCAACGCAGUGUUAAGAGGAGCCCAUGUCUACGUUCCCGGAAUUGUGUCAGCUUCGAAAUUUAUGAAAGCUGGAGAUGUUAUUUCUGUAUACUCUGAUAUUAAAGGCAAAUGUAAGAAAGGAGCCAAAGAAUUUGAUGGAACGAAAGUAUUUCUUGGCAAUGGGAUUUCUGAGCUAAGCCGCAAAGAAAUCUUCAAUGGGCUACCUGAACUGAAAGGUAUAGGCAUAAGAAUGACAGAACCGAUAUACCUCAGCCCCUCAUUUGACAAUGUACUGCCCAACUACUUAUUUUUACAGAAUUUGCCAUCUGCCGUCGUAACUCAUGUUCUGGAUCCUCAACCUGGAGAGAAGAUUCUAGAUUUGUGUGCAGCACCCGGAGGCAAAACUACACACAUUGCAGCAUUAAUGCAUGAUCAGGGAGAAGUAAUAGCACUGGAUAAAAUAUCCAACAAAGUAGAAAAAAUAAAACAGAAUGCUUUAUUGUUAGGGCUGAAUUCCAUCAAGGCAUUUUGCUUUGAUGGAACAAAGGCUCUUAAACUCGAUAUGGUUAAGGAUGCUGAAGGAAAACCUCCAUUCUUACGAGAAUCUUUUGACCGAAUUCUUCUUGAUGCACCAUGCAGUGGAAUGGGACAGAGACCAAACAUGGCUUGUUCUUGGACUUUGAAAGAAGUGACAUCAUAUCAGCCAUUACAGAGAAAACUCUUUACUGUGGGAGUUGAGCUGCUGAAGCCGGGGGGCGUGCUGGUUUACAGCACGUGCACCAUCACACUGGCGGAAAACGAAGAACAGGUUGCCUGGGCCCUCGCAACCUUUCCUUGCCUCCAGCUUCAGCCCCAGGAACCACAGAUUGGAGGAGAAGGAAUGAUGGGUGCCGGCCUAUCAUCUGAACAAUUGAAACAGCUGCAGCGAUUUGAUCCAUCUGUUGUGCCAGUUCGGGACACUGACAUCGCUUCUCUCGGAGAUGCCAGAAUAGAAGACAUGAUUUGGCUGGCAAAUAAAGAUUGUAUAGGUUUUUUUAUUGCAAAAUUCAUAAAACGCAAAAGCACGUAG